AUGGGAAAUAACUCAUCCUCAUUACAAAGUCGACGAGAUGUAUCACAGGACGUUACAGAAACAAAAAGCCUCAUGCCUGCUGCUGAAAUUGAGAAAAUUUCUAAAUUGAUCGAUUCCAUUAUUAAAUUUGGUCGAAACAUCAAUAAGAAAAACAGCCAAGGACUGACACCACUUAUGCUAGCAGCAAAUUUUGGACACACUUCUGGUGUGAAAACUUUAAUUAUGUUAAAUGCCACUCGAGAUGCAAAUUUAAAUGAAAAAGAUCAAAAAGGAAAUACAGCUUUAAUGUUUGUCACUAAGGCGAAUCACAAAGAUAUCAUUCAGUUACUCUGUAGUUAUGGAUGUCAAGUUAGUCAAUGUAAUCAGAAAGGCUGGACACCUUUAAUGAAAGCUUGUAAAAAUGGUAAUAAAGAUGUUGUCGACAUUUUGUUGAGCUAUGAAGGCGGUGUUAAUUACCUGAACAAUGACUGCUGGUCACCACUCAUGAUAGCCUGUAAAUAUGGACACUUGGAUAUUGUGAGAAAGCUAAUCCAAAGUGAGGCUAAUACAGACAUAAAAGAUCCCCAUGGAAUGACAGCUGCUCAGAUUGCUUUACAAUAG